GGGCUGGUCGGCGCCGGCGGAGCGCGCUGGUCUCCCUCCGGUCUCCCUCUUGUGCUCCCUCCUGUGCUCCCUCCUGUGCUCCCGUCCGUGCUCCCGUCCGUGCUCCCUCCCUCCCUCCCGGGCGCCGCUGCCACAGCCCCACCAUGCCGGGCAGCGACACGGCGCUCCCCGUCGACCGGACCUACUCGGACCCCGGACGGCAGCCGCGCUGCAAGAGCCGGAUCGAACGGCAUGACAUGAAUACCUUAAGCCUGCCCCUCAACAUUCGCCGUGGGGGAUCAGAUACCAACCUCAACUUCGACGUGCCCGAUGGCAUCCUCGACUUUCAUAAAGUGAAACUCACGGCAGACAGCUUGAGGCAAAAAAUUCUGAAGGUGACCGAGCAGAUCAAAAUUGAGCAAACAUGCCGUGAUGGCAAUGUGGCAGAAUACCUGAAGCUGGUGAACAGUGCCGACAAACAGCAGGCUGGGCGCAUCAAGCAAGUCUUUGAGAAGAAGAACCAGAAGUCGGCUCAUUCCAUCGCCCAGCUGCAAAAGAAACUUGAACAGUAUCACAGAAAGCUCAAGGAGAUUGAACAGAAUGGAUCAUCCAAAAGCUCCAAGGACAUUUCCAAAGAUCCUCUGAAGGAUGCCCAUGGCAAAUCCCGAACUUCUGGCUCGGGUCUGGAAAGUGGCAAAUCAGGGAUGCCCGGUGUGUCCCUGACCCCGCCCGUGUUUGUUUUCAGUAAGUCUCGAGAGUUUGCCAACCUGAUCCGCAACAAGUUUGGCAGUGCAGACAACAUCGCUCACUUGAAAAACUCCCUGGAUGAAUUUCGGCCCGAGUCCAGCUCCAGAACCUAUGGAGGCAGCGCUACCAUUGUGGCAAAGCCAAAGUACGGCAGCGACGACGAGUGCUCCAGCGCAACUUCUGGCUCAGCAGAUAGUAAUGGGAACCAGUCCUUUGGGGCAGGAGGGACUGGAACGCUGGACAGUCAAGGGAAGCUUACGAUGAUCUUGGAAGAGCUGAGAGAGAUAAAGGAGACGCAGGCCCAAUUGGCCGAGGACAUCGAAGCACUCAAAGUCCAGUUUAAAAGAGAAUAUGGUUUUAUUUCUCAGACCUUGCAAGAGGAACGAUACAGGUACGAACGACUAGAAGAUCAGCUUCAUGAUCUGACAGAUCUUCAUCAGCACGAGACUGCUAACUUGAAGCAGGAACUGGCCAGCAUAGAGGAGAAGGUGGCCUAUCAGGCCUAUGAAAGGGCCCAGGAUGUCCAGGAAGCCUUGGAAUCUUGCCAGACUCGAAUUUCUAAACUGGAGCUUCAUCAGCAAGAACAACAAGCAUUGCAGACAGAUACUGUUAAUGCCAAAGUCCUCCUGGGGAAAUGUAUAAAUGUAAUCCUGGCCUUUAUGACUGUCAUUUUAGUAUGUGUCUCAACAAUUGCAAAAUUUGUAGCACCUAUGAUGAAGAGUCGUUUCCAUAUUAUUGGCACUUUUUUUGCAGUCACACUGCUUGCUAUAUUUUGUAAAAACUGGGAUCAUAUUAUAUGUGCCAUAGAAAGAAUAAUAAUACCCAGAUGAAUCCACAAGUUUAUCUUCAAAUUCUUGUCCUUUUUUUUAAGAUACAUAACAUGCUAAUAACUAGAUUCUUCAAUUAGCUGAUGUUCAGACUGGAUGAAGGAAGAUACGAAAAAGGAUGUAAAUAAUUAAAAUUCACUUAUUUGAUGUGGCAGUUGCCUAUUUAAUCAUUGUAUGUAGUUGUCAAACUCUUGUGAAACGUUUUCCUCAUCUUUUGCUGCCUUAAUCUGACCAGAUUUCCACUCUGUAAAACCAGCACAACAGAGGGAGAGUUUUCUGGUGACCCCAGGACACAGCUGUUGUUAGAACAAGAAAUAUGAAUUUUAAAACUUGUGGUCAUGUACAGUUCCCCAGAACAGCAACAAUACAGGUCUCCCUUACUUUACAAGGGUUCUUUGCAUUAUCGGUUUUGUUUACAGUGGUUAUUUUAUACCAGAAAUUCACAGUAAUUGGAGGUGGUUUAAAAAUGUGUGUGCGUCCUGGGUCUCAUCUGUCCUCAGGCUACUUAAAAUAUAGUUCACUGUUUGUGCCUUGAAAUGCAGGGGUUUUUUUGUUCCUGGUGUUCAACAUGGAACAUUGUACUGUCUCAGUUAGUUCCUUCUUAUUUGUUGUUUAGCUAUCUCUUUUCUGUUUAGAGAAAUGAGAAUUUAGUAUCUUCCCCAAUUUUUUUUGCCUUUUUUAGAUUUCAAGGAUCUGAUGCAUACAGCAUAACUGUAUAAACUCCGUUUUUAUCAUUUGCAUGUCAGUUUAUGAUUUUCCCCCCCAGGGCAUCUUGAACCUGCCACUACUUUGGAAAUGUUUCCUUUCCCACACUCCCCUGGAGCCAGCACAGAGGAAUCAAGAAGGAUAUUUGAGUAUCUAAAAUAAACCCAGUUAUAAGUACCAUUCAUCAUAUUUUUGUAAUCCAAAGAGCCUGGAACCUAAAUACCCUGUAAAUUCAACUGGGUUUGCUAUUCAAUGAUUUUCUUUGCAAUGCCUUCGAACAUAACCCCUGUAUAUAACAAGGGAGACCUGUAUAGCAUUACUGGGUAAAGCACAAGGACAGGAAAUUUCAAAGCAUUUGUUCCUGUGGGAACACCCUAAUACUGAAACCCUAAUAAUAAUGGAAUUAUUUCUUCUUGCA